AUGAUUUUACUUAAAUUAAUCCGAAGAGCUGAUGUGUUAGUUAAACCUUUCUAAUUUAAUGUUCACAACAGAAAGAGGACAUAAACUUUAAUAGGUUAGUAAUUUUGAAAUUUAGGUGGAUUUUUUUCAAUUUCAUUGUUUGUGACAUAUAUAUUGUAUGGGAUAAGUUUGUAUAAUCGUUAAGAAUAGAAUUAGAAUACAAUUUAUGCAGGUUCUUAAUCAGAUUUUUAAGAGGAUUACAGUCUAAAUUAAUAAAUCGUUAAAUUUGCAAUAGAAAUAUCUCCAAUACAAAAGGAACCAUUUUAGAAUUAUUCUUACAUUUAAUAGUAUAGAAAUACAAAAGAUAUUUAGGUAUUUAAAUUUGGAUGUAUUUUAUAUUGAUUAAAGGAGAGUAAGUGAAGUGGUUGGAUAUAAAAGAAAUUAGACAAAACUAACAAUGAAAAAAUGUGAUAAGGCUUAUUUGAAGGAAUUCAAUUUUUAAAAUGCAACUUUAACAGAAAGUUAAAAAGAGUAACUUUUAUGCUUUGAAGGACAAUUUACAAUAUCUGGAUAAUUUUAUGAUCCAAUAUUUUAAUAUGUAAAAAUAUAAGUGAAUAUUUGUGAUUUAAAAUCAAAUCCUGAAUGUAAAUAGAUUGAAGAAAUAGAAGAAUUUAUUACUUAAGGGUAUUAAUAAUGUACUUUAAAAUUAUAGAAUCAAUAUAGAUUUAUUUAUUAAAGGAGAUAGAAUAAAGAAAGCACUUAAUAUGAGUUCACCUGCUGAAACAUAUCCAAAAAAUAUGUUUUGGAGAUUAACAACUGGAAUAGCAAACAAUGAAGAUAUAUAUAUGGCACCUAUAUCAUUAGAUAUAAGUAAAAUUAAUUUAUAAAUUAAGAAAAAAAUAGUUUAUUUGAAAAAUUAACAAGUUAAGGACUUAAUGAGAAUAUUUUCAAAUCUGCUGCUGUAUUUAAAUCAGAAAGAAGAUAAGAAUCUAUUACAUUAUAACAUGGAGUUUUGAUGAAUUCCUUUUAUUUAAGAGCUGGCUCUGAAAGCUUUUAUUAUUUUUCUAAUUAAUAGGAUUGGUUAGUGACAUUAUUAUCAUCAAUAGCAUAGACUACAUCAUUAAUAGUUACAUUCUUAAGGAUAUUAUAAUUCUUUUAUGGAUUUUAUAAUAAACAUAAAACAUUUGAAACUUUAAUGAACAAUGUAUUUAAAUUUGAUAUCUCUAAAAAUACAAGAUCUGAUAUUGAUGAAAUAAUGUAAACUAGUGGAUUCAAUCAUGAUCCAUUAUAAAAUGUAUUAAUUAAAAAAUAGAAAUUAGAAAAAGUAUUAAUUAUAUUUAAUUAGAUUAUUAAUUUUACUAUUUAAUAUCCAAUCUGGAGAUAUAUUUUAUAUAAAUUAUCAAAAAUAUUUUUAUGUCUGAAAAAGUAUCAUAUCUGUUAAAUAAAACAAGAAGAAACAAUCACCAUUUCAUAAUUAGCAAAAAAUAAAAUAUAAACUGAUUUAGAUUUAACUAAUAUUCUUAAAAAAUUAUAUGAAAUUGAUUGUCUUAAACUGUUAUUAUUUGAUGAUGAUUAAUUAUUAAUAUUCAAUAGUUUUAGUUCACCUGUUUUUGAAGAUAAUAUGGUUUAAUAAUAACAUUUUUAAGAACUUGUAAAAUUGUAAGGUAUUCGUCGUUCUUUAAGAACAUAAACCUUUAGUAAAGUAGACUUUAAUUUUGUUAAUACAUAAAGUAUUAAUAAUAAAUAUAUUAGAAAUACAUAUUACUUAAAAACUAAAAAAACUUUCUAGAUUUUUUAUUGCAUAAAUGUAACCAAAAAAUGCAGAAGAAUUAACAAUGAUUUUCAGAAGAAUUUAAGAGGACUAAAAUGUAAAUUUUAAAAAGAAUAAGAAAUUGUUGAAAUUUGCUUAAUCUAAUUAUUCAUUAUAUAAAUUAGUUUAACAAUAUAGUUAAGCUAGCUAAAAUGUUACUAUUGAAAGAAAAACUAACGAGGCACUUUCUUUAGAAUGUGAAGAAAGGCACAACAUUUAGAAUAUUAAAAUUCAUAUGGGAACUUUGAAUAAGUGA